UUGAACUGAUGAUAUCUACGUAACACAAAUGAAAUACGUGUGUCACACAAUUUUCAAACACUCGCAAAUGACUAUGACUGUCUUCCUUAUAAUCACUUGCAAACAACCAGAACGAAAUUGAAAUGAACGUCUAUUUUAAUUUGAAGCUUCUAUUUUAUUAUUUUCCAAAAUUUUAUCUUUAAAAUAUAGUCUUAUUAAUUGCAUGAUUCUUAUUGUCUUUUGAAAACAAGCUUUUGUCUUGUUGACAGUGAUACUAGCAGCUAAUAGCCUAAUAAGACCUCUAAUGGAUUUUUUGGGAACAGGAGUUAUUAUGGAUCUACAUACGUCCAGCUCAUGUAGUUAAGUAUUAUUGCGGCAAUGCGGUAUAUACGCGGGUGCGGCUACCAUUUGAGUUCUAAUUAAAAUACUUUUUAACAAAAUUAACGAAUAUUAGCUACAAGAAUUCACCUAAAGGUAGAUUUUUUACGUAAGACGGUGCAUUAAUGAACAGUGCUUAACACUUACACCCUGGUAUGUCAAUCUCAGAUUUCAAGUUUUGGACACAAACCAAAAUCGACAGUAACACGCUGUCCCUUAGCAAUUAUAUCUCUGUUCUCGGAUCAUCAGAGUUGGGAGACAAGGCUUGGCUGGUGUUUCAAGAGAUGCUCAGAACAAUAUUGCUGGUGACAUUAGUUCUCUGGUUUGUCGGAGAAGCAUGAACAAGCCCUCCUACUAGAUCAGAACUUUAUGAGUUUUUUUUUUAAAUGUCAAGACUCUUCUGUAGGUCUUAGAAUAAGUUGACAUUAGCCUUAUUGAAUAUGUUUAAAGGAAGGAAAGAAACACAAUAUUGUUGAUACAUUACAAAGAGCUUAGCUUCCAUUGUAGCUAUUGAGUAUCACUAUCUCAUGGUUUUGUUGUCCCCAGAGCAUUUAUGAGAUUCGAGUACUUAAUUUCGAGCUCGUACUGUGAAUCCAAGUUCACCAAACGGUUAAACUCCUCGAAGGUAAUCAUCUUUUCCAAAUGAUCUUUGGUGGUUCCCUUUUCUUGAGGAUCUUGAAUCCAAAGCAAGCUCUUGUUAAACUUCGAUGUCCAGUAUAAUUAAAACAAUAAAUAAAUGAGUAAAAUUAUUCAAUCCACACUGAAUAUUUUGUCAACAGAAAAAAAAGUCAUUCAUCAGCCAACUAGCUAAUAAACAUCAUUUGCUUAAAGAAACUUCCAUUUGAUUUCCAAUGGUAACAUUAUAGCACAAGAAAGCUCCUUUACUCAAUGCGAUGUAUAACUUUCAUAUAUGAAUUUCAACUGUAUAUAUAGUUGGUGAAUGUAUAAUAGCGUGCUGAGAUGAUUAACGAAUGUAUAUACUUUUAAAAUAAAAUCGAAAGUCAAGGUUCAAAUCUUUUUUUCGAAAGCAAGCCGUUUUUGGUAUCAAAUAAAAAUAGAAGUUGCUUAUUAGUGGAUAAGAGUGGAACUUGAGAGAGAGAAGACUUCCUAACAAGGGUAUUGCGAGGAUAAGGUUGUGAUAAACAAUCUUUGUCAAAUGUUAAGUAAAUAAAACAUUUGGUGAAAUAUACACGUUUGAGUGUGAAGUUAGCGAAGUAAAUUCGUUUACACAUUCAUUAUUCCUGUUGUUUCACCAUAUUUAAAAGUAAACAAUUAUUCCUGUUGUAAAAAAUGAACCAACAGAGAUUAGAUUCUUUACACACUGAUUAACGAUCAUUGCUUCUUCUUUUUUUUUUGAUCAACGAUUAACGAUUAUUGCUUGUAUGCGUUAAACAGUCAGUUUACUUGUAGGCUGCUAGUAAAUUCGUUUCUGUAAAUAGUGGCUCAAUAGUGUCUAUUCCAAAAAGAGAGAUACUUCGCAAAUAACAUAACUUAAACACAAUGUUUUUUUUUCCCGACAAACACAAUGUUAAUGUUGUGGAUUUAGAGUUGAAAGAGAAUGUAAUCAAAACUAAUUAAACCGAAACCUAAUAGCUUUGAAGUUUGAAUCAAAAUAUUGUAUAGUUUCUGGUAACACUAAGUUUACAAAAGUACUUGAUAAAAGUUUGACAAAGGCAAAAAAAGAGCGUUUGAAUAUUUUCAACAAAAUCAACACGCUAAAACAGCACUAAACAACAAACAGCAUGAAAUCGUGAAUAUUUUUAAAUCAAAUAUCAAUUAGUGGAAAGUGGAAACUGUGGUAGGCACCUUCGUCAUAGUUCUCAUCCAUAUCCAACGGUCAGAUGUUUUCGUCUCAUUGCCAAAACAAAAAUAUCAUAAAAUCCAUUAUUACCAAAAAAAAAAAAACCAAGUGACAGUCAACAGAAAUCAAACCAAAAUGGACACGUAACCGCUAAUUAUCUUGCCAAUGAGAUAUUUAAUCUAUUUAACAGUAAUUUCAUUACAAUAAUUCCAUAUAUUUCUUUUCAACUAAAACUUCCAAACACCAGACGAGUCGUUCGUCGAACACAUCUUAAAACAAAGGCGACAGUCACAGAGACAAACCAGUACAAGGCGGUUCCUUUUUUAUCAUUUCUGUCUUCUUCUGUAUAAACAGUAGAGAGACGACCCUUAAAGUUCAAACCUUUAAGACUUUUUCUUUCUCCCUUUGGCUUUUGCAACGAUUAUAUCAGACUUCAAUCUUUAUCAAAUCUCCAGAAUCGAAGACCCUUCUGCUCUUGAACCUCUCCUGUUGAAGUUGGAUGGUGGAACAAACUGCGAGAGUCAUGUCACUGGUGAGUUCAGCUGAGCCAUCAGCUGCAGCAUAUAAGAACCCGAAGCUUUACUCGCUCAAUGAGAAUGGUUACAACAGUGGCGGUGGUACUUCUGUUGAAAUCUUUGAUCCAGACAAGUCCAAGAACACUUGUCUGACUCAUGAUUCUUACCCAAGCCAAAGCUACUUUCUCGAAUCCCCAACAGAACAACAUCUUGUUGCCUCUGGGGCGGCCUCGGUUAGCUCAUUUGGCUCUUUGGACUCGUUUCCUUAUCAGUCUAGACUGGUUCCUGGAUCCUCCAUGGAGUUUGAUGAUGAACAAAUGAGAUCAAAGAUUCAAGAGCUUGAAAGAGCCCUCCUCAGCGAUGAAGAUGAUAAUAUCAUGGAGGGACUAGAUCACCUGAUGGAGAUUGACAACGAAUGGUCUUACCAAAACCAUUCAAACAAAGACUCCUCAUCCGCAGAUUCCAACUCUCAUUCCACUAGUAGCAAAGAAGUGGUCUCACAAGCAACAACUCCAAAGAAAAUGCUCAUCUCUUGUGCCCUUGCCUUAUCAGAAGGCAAAUCAGAGGAAGCAUUGUCACUACUAAACGAGCUGAGACAGAUAGUGUCAAUCCAAGGAGACCCUUCUCAGAGAAUAGCAGCUUACAUGGUUGAAGGUCUAGCCGCAAGAAUGGCUGCUUCAGGGAAGUUCCUCUACAGGGCAUUGAGAUGCAAAGAGCCUCCUUCUGAUGAGAGGCUAGCUGCUAUGCAAGUCCUCUUCGAGGUCUGCCCUUGCUUCAAAUUCGGAUACUUAGCUGCUAACGGUGCAAUAGUGGAAUCAAUCAGAGAUGAAAAAGAAGUUCACAUAAUAGAUUUUGAUGUAAACCAAGGAAACCAAUACAUGACGCUGAUCAAAACCAUUGCUGAGCUUCCCGGUAAGGGUCCUCUCAUGAGGCUAACCGGUGUUGAUGACCCUGAAUCAGUACAAAGAUCAGUAGGAGGGUUGAGAAUCAUAGGCCUAAGACUCGAGCAGCUCGCUAAAGACCAUGGAGUAUCCUUCAAGUUCGAAGCAGUAGCGUCAAAGACUUCUUUAAUCGUCUCUCCAUCUGCACUCGGUUGCAAACCAGGAGAGGCUUUGAUCGUCAACUUUGCGUUUCAGCUUCACCACAUGCCUGACGAGAGCGUCACGGUAGUUAACCAGCGGGACGAGCUGCUACACAUGGUCAAAGGGUUGAACCCGAAGCUUGUCACAGUCGUUGAGCAAGACGUGAACACAAACACUUGCCCUUUCUUCCCGAGAUUCAUGGAGGCUUACGAGUACUACUCUGCGGUUUUUGAUUCUCUUGACGUGACGCUCCCGAGAGAGAGCCAAGAGAGGAUGAACGUGGAGAGGCAGUGUCUCGCUAGAGAUAUUGUCAACGUUGUUGCUUGCGAAGGAGAAGAGCGGAUUGAGAGGUACGAGGUUGCUGGGAAAUGGAGGGCGAGGAUGAUGAUGGCGGGGUUCAGUUCGAGGCCAAUGGGUUCAAGAGUGACGAGGAGUAUAGAGAGCUUGAUAAAGGAAGAGUAUUGCAGUAAGUACAAGGUUAAAGAGGAGAUGGGUGAGCUCCUUUUUUGCUGGGAGGAUAAGAGUUUAAUCGUUGCUUCAGCUUGGAGGUGAAAACAUAUGUUCUAUAAAAAACAAUGUUUAUGUUUUGUUUUCAAUCUUUGGUUAUAUUGUAACUGGUCAAGAAGUCAUCUCUAUGUAUUAUUGAUUCCGAGAAGCUAACCUAGCUAACGCUAUUUGUUUUCACCUCUCUUUAUAUAAAAGUAGAGUUUUGUUUACAA